AUGAGUGAUAUUUACACCAUCAGAGGCAGUGAUUAUGAGCAUGGCAAGGGUGGCGGGACACAAGCUUGUGCACAGUGGAUCUCAGUGACCUUUGAGGAUGUGGCUGUGAACUUCACUCUGGAAGAGUGGCAUUUGCUGGAUCUAUCUCAGAAGAACCUUUACAUAGACGUGAUGCUGGAAGUCUUCAGAAACCUGGCAUUUAUAGACAUGCAGAAACUCAUUCUGGAAAGAAAUUCUAUGAAUAUAAACAAGGUGAUCAAAUCUUCAUUACACUCACAAGUCUUCCAACUCACACGCAGAGAACACAUUCUGGAGAGAAACCUUAUGAAGGUAAACAAUGGAAAAGCCUUUGCUAGAUCCCAUCAGCUUCAUAAACAUGAAAAAACUCACACUGGAAAGAGGCCCUAUGCAUGUAAGCAGUGUGGGAAAUCCUUCACUCAGUCCUCUUAUCUUCUGAACCAUAAAAGAACACAUAAGGGAGAUAAGCCCUAUGAAUGUAAGCAGUGUGGAAAAGCCUUUGAUAGAUCCGGUGGUCUUUACAGACACGAAAGAAUUCACACUGGAGAGAAGCCCUAUGAAUGUAAUCAGUGUGGCAAAGCCUUCACUCAGUCCUCUCAUCUUCUAAACCAUAAAAGAACUCAUACUGGAGAGAAGCCCUAUGAAUGCAAACAAUGUGGAAAAGCCUUUGCUAGAUCCUGUCAAUUUCAAAAACAUAGAAGAACGCAUACUGGAGAGAAGCCUUAUGAAUGUAAGCAGUGUGGAAAAGCCUUUGCUACAUCCAGUGAUCUUUACAGACAUGGAAGAACUCACACUGAAGAGAAGCCCUAUGCAUGUAAUCAGUGUGGCAAAGCCUACACUAAGUCCUAUAGUCUUCUAAACCAUAAAAGAACACAUACUGGAGAGAAGUCCUAUAAAUGCAAACAAUGUGGAAAAGCCUUUGCUAAAUCCUGUAAAUUUCACAUACAUGUAAAAACUCAUACAAGAGACAAGCUCCAUGAAUGUAAGCAGUGUGGUAAAGCCUUCGCUCGGUCCUCUUACCUUCAAAAUCAUUUAAGAACACAUACUGGAGAGAGGCCCUAUGAAUGUGAGCAGUGUGGAAAAGCCUUCACUCAGUCCUCUCACCUUCAAACACAUAAAAGAACUCAUACUGGAGAGAGGCCAUAUGAAUGUAAACAAUGUGGUAAAGCCUUCACUCGGUCCUCUUACCUUCAAAAUCAUUUAAGAACACAUACUGGAGAGAAGCCCUAUGAAUGUCAACAAUGUGGUAAAGCCUUUGCUACAUCCUCUAACCUUCACCAACAUGAAAAAUUGCAUACUGUAGAGAUGCCCUAUGAAUAUCAAAAAUGUGAAAAGGCCUUUGCUACAUCACCUCAUCUUUACACACAUUGA